UCCCUGUGGCCUGCUGAGGAAGGGAGAGAGGUUUUGAAUCCCUUAACAAGGCACACUCCUGCUUUAUAGAGUUUGGGGUCCUUCAUGCCACAUCCUUCUGUCAUUUCAAAAGGAGCUUAGCUAAGGAACACUGGAAUUGAUACUGAAAGAGGAAGUCACCGAGAAUGGAAACUGAAAGAGCUCAGAGAGAUCAGAUAGACUAGGAUGAGGCCCAGCCUGAAAGCUAAUCUGUCAGAGGUGGGAAGUAAGUGCUGUGUGUGUAACCAGGGUAGAUCUGAGAAGAAUCCGUGUGUGUGAGGGUCUGAGUAUCAGGAAGAGCUGGCGCUGAUGGACACAAGACCCCACUGCAUCAACUGAUUCAUGAGGAGCAUGUCAGCGAUGGCCUCAGGGAGAAACAGUAUCUCCUUCCCACUUUCUCUGCAGAGAGCCCCUGUGGUUUUGUAUGUGGCUAGGAGUCUGCUUCAGACUUGGGCUCUCCUGAUGGUGGCCCUGAGGCCAGGGCUAGUGCCAGGAGAUUUGUGUGUCAAAUUGGUGACCAUGUUGCUUCUCGGGAUAGUUCUCUGCCCAAGCAUCCACUGUCACCGGGGACCAGUGUAUUACUCUUCCUAUGAAAUAGUCGUCCCCAGGAGUCUGACAGUCAAGGGAAGCGAAGCCCCAGGGGAAAAGACCACUUACCUGCUGCUUAUGCAAGGCCAGAAGCAGCUAGUUCACCUGAAGCCAAAGAAAGACUAUUUGGUGGAUGAUUUUCCAGUCUACAGUUACCACAAUGGCACCCUGGGGCAAGAAAUCCCUUCCAUCUCACAUGACUGUCUCUAUGAAGGCUACAUAGAAGGAGCACCAGGUUCGUUUGUGUCUGUCAGUACCUGUUCAGGUCUCAGGGGCAUCCUGAUUAAGGAGGAAAGAGCCUAUGGCAUUGAGCCCAUACCAUCCUCCAAGAAGUUUGAGCAUGCGCUAUACACCACAGCACAUCAGGCUCCAGUCUCCUGUAAGGUCUCUGCCAAAGACAGCCAAGCGGUGUCCACCAGCUGGCAGCCAGGGAGCGGGAAGCCUCCCGAUCUACAGGCUCUGUCCUCCUUGUGGUCACACACCAAGUACGUGGAGAUGUUUGUCGUGGUCAACAACCAGCGGUUCCAGAUGUGGGGCAGUGAGGUCAACGAGACAGUGCAGAGAAUAGUGGACAUCAUUGCUCUGGCCAACGUCUUUACUCGAGGAAUAAACACAGAGGUGGUGCUGGCUGGGAUGGAGAUUUGGACCGAGGGGGACCUGAUAGAGGUGCCAGUGGACCUGCGAGUCACACUCAGGAACUUUAAUCGCUGGAGACAAGAGGAGCUGUUCCCUCGUGUGAGGCACGAUGUCGCCCACAUGAUCGUUGGGCAUCAUCCUGGCGAGACCUCGGGUCAGGCAUUUCUCAACGGAGCCUGUUCCAGUGGCUUUGCGGCGGCUGUCGAAGCCUUCCAUCACGAAGAUGCUCUCCUGUCUGCAGCGCUCAUGGCCCACGAGCUUGGGCACAACCUGGGUGUCCAGCAUGACCACUCAGCCUGCGUUUGUAGAGAUAAGCACUUCUGCCUCAUGCAGGAAAAUAUCACUAAAGAGAGUGCCUUCAGCAACUGCAGCUCUGACUACUUCUACCAUUUCCUUCAUGAGCACAGAGGGGCCUGCCUAUUUAACAAACCACAGCAAAAAGGCCGCAGACGCAGGGAUGCCAAUUGUGGAAAUGGCGUGGUGGAGGAUCCAGAGCCAUGUGACUGUGGGACUAACUGUGAAAACGAUGCAUGCUGUGACAGUAAUUGUCAACUGAAAGGAGAUGCAAAGUGUGGUAAUUCACUCUGCUGUUCUAAUUGUAAAAUACAAACCAGGGGCCAUAUGUGUCGUCCUCCUCAGGGACCAUGUGACCUCCCUGAAUACUGUAAUGGUAUUUCUGCAAUAUGCCCUGUAGACAGAUAUAAGCAAGAUGGUACACUAUGUCAUGAGCAAAGUGUUUGUUUUGAAUCUAAGUGCACAGACGCUAGUAUUCAAUGCUCCAUCUCUUUUGGGCCUGGUUCAAGGGCUGCCCCAGAUGCAUGUUACUCUAAAUUGAACACUGUUGGGAAUAUAUUUGGAAAUUGUGGCCGCUCUGGUUCUCCAUCCACCUAUGUUAAGUGUACAGCUCAGAAUGCAAAGUGUGGGAAACUCAUAUGUUCAAAAAUUAUUUUAUUGCCGCCAAUCAAUAAUGCAAUGAUUCAGAUCCCAAGUGGAGAUGACUGGUGCUGGAGCAUGGGCAACUCUGAGGAUGAUUCCUCCAAUGCAGGAACUGUGACAAAGGGCACGCCUUGUGCUGCAGACAAAGCUUGUGUGAACUCCCAAUGUACUGAUUUCCAUCUUGAGGAAGCCAAUUGUAGUGCAAUUGAAAUGUGUAAUGAGAAUGGUGUUUGCAACAAUUUAGGGCACUGCCACUGUGAAGAUGGUUUUGCUCCCCCUGACUGCAGAUCACAGGGAAGUGGGGGUAGUUUGGACAGUGGUCCCCCUGGUAAGCCAAGCAUUGAAUCAAAUGAAGAAGAAAAUGAACUAAACUUACCAUUAAUUGCCCUUAUAAUUUUGAUAGUACUAAUACUACUUAUAAUUCUCUUGGGUGUCCUCUCUCAUAAAUCUGGUGCUGCACCAGCAGAAGCUCCUCCAGAAAAGGUUCCACCAGCAGAGGUCCCAGAAGCAGAAGCCCCUCCACAAGAGGCGGAAGAAGGGGAAGAAGAAGAGGAGGAGGAAGAGGAGGAAGAGGAGGAGGAAGAAGAAGAAGAAGAUGAUGAUUAGAAUGAGAAGUGGUGGGAGGGCAAAGCCAAAUACGCCAAACUCGUCAAGUGCUGACUUGGAAUGAGAAGCUCAUGGAAGUAAAAGUUAAGUGAGAAGUGAGGACUCCAAUGGCUGUGACAGGGACUCUAUCAUCUAAAAAAUGUCCUAUUGUGAGAGGAGAUAUACCUCCACAUUUAUUACUCAUUUUAGUAAAUAAGUUCUUGCUCACUUAAUAUAUUAAAUAUUUUAGUAUUUUUUUCUUGUUUCACAUUUCAUUUAAACUCAUUAUAUACAUUUUUGGACAUUAAUGUCCUUGUGUCCUUGGGCUUAUUUUUUUCACUUACCAAAAACUUUUUCAGGACAUGGUAUCUUCCAUGUAAGUGGUCUGACGCAUAGUAGUAUUUGUUCCUGAAUUUAUUAAUAUCUAUGGGGUUUUCAUUUCUUAUGACAAUAACCUAUUUUUUAAGAACAACUGUUUGUGUGACUGAUUGUUCUAACUUGAGCUAUUAAGUGUACAUUUCUUGAGUUUUUACAUCCAAAAAUAAAACUAUUCAAGUUAGUCA